ACCCAUCACCAGCUGUCAAAAAUUAAACGCAAAUCAGAACUGCAACAUUUUGUUUCUACACUGUUAAAAUAAUGAAGUUAUCAAUCGAAUCAUGUCGAUUGCAACACAAACGCUAAUACAUACCCACGUUAGUGUUCGGCGAUUGUGAUCGAGACCUGCACGUGUUGUCGGCGACAUGUAUUGUUUGCAAUGGCUUAUUCCUGUGCUGCUAAUACCGAAGCCCGUGAACCCGGCUUUAGUGAACACACAUGUUAUGUUCAUGGUCUUGUAUCUAAUAGGAUUCUUCCUAGAAAGGAAGCCGUGUACCGUGUGCAGUGUAGUCUUCCUCGCAGCCGUGAUAUUAAUUUGUUAUAGCGGGAUCGGGAACUGUUUAUUCUGGGCUAGUCAAUGCGAUGCUGAGAAGUACGAUACGUAGACGGGUCAGCGAAUCUUCCAGAGUUACCUACCUAAGUGCUCAAAGUGCAAGCUGCCCUGCUCAACAGAGGGCUGUAGUGACAAUGUGAGGCUGACACCAACAUGAUGCCUUGUGCAUUGAAAAUAUAAUAUAUUAUUUUCUUUGUAUAUUUUUGUAAAUAAUGUUUUUUUUUUAUUUAUUUACAUCUGACUGUACUGUAAUAAUGUUGUAUUGUAUUGAUUAUGAAUAAUUCCAUCGUGGAAGUAAUGUGCCGAUCUGUACUUAGUAUCAGAAUUAUGUUGACAAAUAUAAGAGUGAUGUGUACAUACAGCUGUUAUGAUAAAGGUUAAUGUAAUAACAUUUUGGGGACAAGA